AUGUCGGACCCCCUCCCCGACCUACUCCACAAAACCCUCAAGAAUCUCCACCAACUACACACCCACCAAGACCACCACACCUAUGAGCCCCUUCUCCGGGAGUCCAUUGCCAACGUGAUCCAGGUGAUCAACUACAAUGAUAAGUCGUAUAACAGGCUCAGGUUGAAUAGCACCAGCUCGUCGCAGUCUGACGCGUCGUCCACACUUGAUAUCCUCUACUAUUCUCCCUCCGAUAGGGCGAUAAACUCACUCACAAAUGUCAACAUCGUCCAGUUCAUCCAGUCGUUCAACCAGCACGAGGUGCAUUCGAACCACUCGGUGCUCGAGCUGCUCGUAGAGCUUCUCUCCAAAAUUAAGGGCAAGCGGCCCAUCCGAAUCAAAGACUCGUACUCGUUGAUCUUUGGCAAGCUCUCCACCCUCAUCCAGUUUUUCAUCAAGUUCCAGGCCGAUUCAGAGUCAAUGCUCGUGGAUUUCAUCCAACGGUGUGCCAUGGAAGAGCUCCGCUUUUAUUCCAGUAUUCAGUCCCAAUUGGACAGUCUUGACGAGCAGGAUACACAGAAUAUUGCCGAUUUUCUAGACAGCAUCAUCUUGAACGAGGUCGAAGACGAACAGAACGAGCAAGAUUCAAUUUUCAGCUAUGAGAACGAUCACCAGCCUGUAACAUCCCUGCAAAAAUUCCUGAGCAGUGACCCCGAUUUGGAUUACUUGUACGGUGCCUUCCUCAAGAUCCUCAGCUUCAAAUCUCCCCUCGAAAGGGACUACAAGAACUACAUAAGAAUCAUGAUUAAUUUGUUCAAAAGACAUGCCAACGUCGAGUUCAUGGAGGUAGACAGCUUUGAGUACAAAGAGAUGAAAUUGAACCAGGUGCUCAAUUUUUUUAUGUCUGAUUCAGAAGGAUUUCGAAUCUUACCAGAGCUGUUCAAAGAUGUAAAUUCCAGAGUGUUCUCGGAACCAACACUGAACCACCCGUAUUCUAAAGAGGACCAGAUUAGAUUAUACAACAACCUCAGGCACAUCAUUCCAUUGUUGAAUGAAUUUGAUUUGAACUUCAACAACAAAUUUCCUUCAAUGUUCAGGUACUACUUAAAGUUGAUGUAUGAAGAUUUGCCCACAUUGUCUGUUUCCUCAGAUCUCAAAUUCGUAGAUACUAUUGUGCAUUUGGUUAAUUCUAUUGUUGACUAUGAGAAUGAAGAGGACACGGAAGACAUCAAUAUAAAGCAAUCCGUAACCAGAUUUCAUGGAGUUCAUCUCAAACUUUCAAGUACACCUGGGACAGAUGCGACACUUUUAAUGCGAUUGGCAGCUUCAGAGUACAACAAUCAUGCGAGUAUCAAACGAUUGGCGUUUGCCAAUUGGUCCAAGAAAUUCUUGAAUGUUCAAACAUUGUGGGAUAGAUAUCAUACCAGUUGGGCUCAAAAUGAGAAUAAGCAAAUACAGAAGGCCCAGCUACAGAAGUGGUUUGGAAAACGACUUCUCUUCAACACAUUAGAAGUAGAGGCAUCCAAAUAUUAUGAAAACGUGUUACUAGAUAAAAAGUUCAAGUCUGAAUGGUAUCAAAAAUUAUCAGAUCAUAGGGAACUCACUGAAAUAGCUAACAAUGCGUUCUUGAAAAGGUACUUCAUUAGCUGGUCUAAUGGUGCACAGAGAAUGAAGCAAUUGCAAGCCAAGGCACAAAGGAUGGAUCAAAUCACAGUGCAAUCCAGUGUAUUUGUUCAGCUCAAAAGAAGCCACAAUCAUAAAAUUGAGCUCCAAAAGAUUGCUAAAAGUCUUGCAGAUAAGUUUACUCUCUCUAGAAAUGAGCAAAUACUAGUAAGGUUCUGGAAUUUAUGGCACCAGAAGCUACCUAUUGAGCACGAAUUGGGGGAGAAUAAGCUAGCAAUAUUAUUCAUGUUAGAACGUAAGUGGAUUCAAACUCGGUUCUUUAAAAUCUGGAAACAGAUGCAUGACCUAGAAAAAGGACUCAAAAAGUCUCAGGUAACAAACAAUACACUCUUGCUCACAUAUGUGUUUGAAAAUCACUGGAAGAGGAAACUAGUUCUUUCUCAAAAGGCCAACGCAAUGAGGAAGAGCAAAGAAGUCGAGUUGAAGAGGCAAAUAUUUUAUCACUGGAAGGCGAAGAAAGGACAAAUUGAACUAGCUGAUAGCGUUCAAAGAAACCAUUUGUUGAAAUCUGCAUUGAGGCAAUGGAAAUUGAACAAUACUCUUCGUGUAUUUCAACAAAACUCAGAGCAUUCAGUAAUUGAUAUGAAGAAUUGUCUUAAGAAAUGGUUAUUGAAGUACAAGCUUCAUAAUUCCCUAAGAAGAAAGGACUUAGACAUUCAGGAUAAGAUUUUAACGAUUUGGACAGCAAGAAAAGAUGAAAAAGUCGAAUUAGCAAGGAGAUCCCACCAAUUUGAAAGAUAUUCAAAACUUCAGGAUAGCUUUACCCGUUGGCUCUCAGCUACCAAAGAUGUAAUGGAAUACGAAGCUACUGCCGACUUGAACUUCCAAAGAAAGUUCUACAACAAAAUUAUACAGCAGCACCAUUUAAUCGAUUAUCAGCUCAAUCGGAAGGCUGACAAAUUUUUGGCCACUGGAGUUUUUGAUGAACACUUCAUUACAGCCAUGGCAUUAAGCAGAUGGAAAUCAAAGUAUGGUGAUAGAUUCGAAAGUAAGCUGCUAUUGAAAAUUGCCAGCUUCGAGCAGAAGAUGAGAAAUCCAAACUUGUUGUCAUUGAUGAUUCGUCAGUGGGUUAAUCGCUACAAUGAAAAACAGGCAAAGCUUAAUGAACUUGAUGAAAGGUAUGCCCAGUUUGUAAGAAAAGCUAGAUCAAAGAAGCAAUAUUUCAGUGUUUGGAACCAGAAAACAAAUGCUAAGUUGAUACUACUCGAGGAGGCCGUUUCUUUUCAAAAUUCCGUCCUACUCAAAAAAUUCUUGUUGAUUUGGUAUGAUCAAUACAUAAACAAAGGGGUAUAUCUUGGAGAGGUUGCUGACAAUCUAAUCGACAACAAGCAGUUUCAACAGGUACAGUCUUUGCUCAGUCGAUGGUCAAUGAAGUAUAUGAAACUAAUUCAAAGAAACAACCAGAGUUGUGAUAUGUUCCUCGAAAAAUGGCAAAAUGCAAAAUUAAGGUCGAUCUUUGAAUUAUGGUUGGUAAAACUCAGAGAAGCAAAGGACAAUCUAGAAGAUUUCCAGAAUGCAGAUACAAGUAUGAUCAGUAAUCACUCACCCUUGGCAAAUAAAUCUUCGCGAACAAACACUCGGUCAGAGGAAGAUCCUAACUCCAGUUAUUUGUUCACUCCGUUGAAGCAACAAGUUCAUGGUAGAUUACUAUUCACUCCCAAAACUAAUAGAAUAAGUCCUACCAAACUUCAAGAAACAAACCAACGGAUCAAAAAUGAAAGAAUCGAUGCGUUGAGGAAACAUUUUGGAAGAGCAAAGGGGACUUCAACUCCUCGAUCAAAUAUUAGUACUCCAAAGAAGAAUACAGGUAACGAUCUUAGAGUGAUCUCACCUUCUCGACAUAUCGAGAAGGAUGAGAAAACUGUCAUUGAAAAUGCUAAGAAAUUAAGAAGAAUCACUCCGAUAAUGUUUCCUACCGAAGAGGAGGGAAGUCAGCCUAAGUUCUCACCUGUCAAGAAAUUGAGGGAAAGGUUGCGCAACAAUUUAAUCACGGUUGCACCUUCUCCAGAUGACGAGUAUUCCUUUUGA